GUUUUCAUUGCCCUAAUGUUACGUGUAUGGGCCCGUCAAAAGACACAUCGCCGCCUCUUGAGUGAGGAGUAUUUCGUUUUGCUAGCAGCGGCCUUUUUCUAUUUAAAUCAAGGGAUUUAUCUUUAUGCUAUUAUGGGUAAUGGAGGGACAGGAGGUGCCGAUCUGAAUGCCUAUAGCCUUGCGCAGUUUGAUCGGUAUUCCAAAUAUAUUCUUGCCGAUGAAAUCAGCUUUGUUCUCUCCAUCACCUUUGUGAAGCUAUCCAUCUUACUUUUCUAUCGCCACAUCUUCACUCUGCGAAACUUCCGACAAGUCAACUGGGUCCUUCUGGGUACCGUUACCUGCUGGGGGAUUAUUGCACUAUUUGUCGUCAUCUUUCAGUGCUUACCUGUUCACGGACUAUGGAGCAUGGAAAUGAAGCUGACCGGUCAGGUAACCUGUCUCAACUCACCAAAAAUGAUUUUCGGGUUCGAAAUUACCAACGUCUUGAUUGACGUGACAAUCUUAAUACCCUCCGUCUUCAUGGUCCAGCGACUGCAGCUGUACCCUGUCAAGCGAGCUAGUCUGAGCAUUAUCUUCCUCUUGGGUCUCUUUGUCUGCAUCACUUGCGGCUUCCGUGCACACUACAUCUGGGAUCCGGCUACAGGAAAGGCACGGAGCGUGCCGGCAUCCAUGGACUGGACCGCGGUUGAGCAGGCUUCCGCGAUUGUUUGUGCCUGUCUGCCCACAUAUGGCCCACUUUUCUCAAACAUCAGCCACCUUAUCGCCGGGUUGAAGGCGUGGUACCUUUCACUUCGAUCGACCUUGCAACGGAUAUCCCGAGGAUCAUCAGAUAGCAAGACGAAGAACCUAACUUCCCACAGCGGCCAUAGUGUAAAAUCUUACAGCGACUGCUCCCAGAUGGAAAUGGGGCCUAUGCAGGAGACGGCACAGGAGGCUGUAUAGGCUAAGACCAGCGGGCGUUCUUGAGAAAUGAUCUGACAGGGGGAUCUCCCGCUUCACCUUAUGGGCCCCCCCCCCACCCUAAGCAUGACUCGCGUGCAUGCCACUACCACAUAAGUAGCUUGCGUGAGGUUGCAUCGGGUGCCUUGAUGUUGGGGGCCUUUUUCUUUGAAUGCUGGUUAUCUUUGUCUGCAGUUAUUAUCUAGGUGCAUUUGCGCUCAGUCACACCGAAAUAACGUCGAUCCUUCCUUAAUCUACUCUAGGGGCGACUGAAUGAACGCAUGUGCGGAGUAGAAUUCUAUGGAUAGAAGCUAUUACUAUACGCAAGUAUAUAGC